GUCACCUUCCACCAGGUUCCCCCGCCAUUCAACGAGUAACUGUCAGUUCCAGUAUGGGCCGUCGGUCAGGUCGCGCCGCUGCAAAGCGCGCCGCAGCUGCACUAGAAAGUACACCAAAGACAUUCGACGGGGUCGAUGAUGACGAGCACAUGCCAGAUGCCCAAGAUGCAGAGGAGCCAGAGCACCAGGCAGAAGAGGACGAGCUUAAGGACGCCGAGUCAGCCGCUGAGGAGGCAAACGAAGAGACCGUCGAAGGCGAGGAGGAAGGAUCCGCAAAAUCGCCCACCCCGCCCCCAGAGCCUGUCAUCCGGCGCAGGCGCCUGGGCCGGCCACCAAAGAACCGACCGCCAGACUGGGACACCCUGCCGAUCGAGCGCCCUCAAGACCGCGAUCCGGAUGCUACGCCGCGCCGGCGCGGUCGUGGCGGCUGGCGAGGCCGGGGCGGUCGCAAGGGCCAGCAUUUCCAGCCCACGCAGCAGCCCAUCGACAAGGACGGGAACAUGGUGGACAUUGUGAACGACGAGGUGGACCUCCCAGAGGAUCCCGAGGGCGAGACCAAGGUCGACAAGCUGGGCAUCUUGCAGGGCGGCAGGGAAUAUCGCUGCCGUACCUUCACUGUUGCCGGUCGCGGUGAUCGCCUGUACAUGCUUUCCACGGAACCCGCCCGCUGUGUGGGCUUCCGCGACUCGUACCUGUUCUUCACCAAACACAAGCGACUCUAUAAAAUCAUCGUGGGCGAUGACGAGAAGCGCGACAUGAUCGAGCGCGAAAUCAUACCGCACAGCUACAAGGGCCGCGCGAUAGGAAUCGUGACGGCCCGCUCUGUGUUCAGGGAGUUUGGCGCGCUCAUCAUUGUCGGCGGGAGGAGGAUCACGGACGACUACGAGGUGGCUAAGGCGAGGGAGGAGGGAGUCGUGGAGGGCGAACUCGCGGACCCCGGCGAUCUUUACGACCCUGACAAGCCAUACAACAAGAACCAGUAUGUGGCGUGGCAUGGAGCCAGUGCCGUCUACCAUUCAGGGGGUCCUACUCUGCCGCAGCAGAGCACCAAGGUCGACGUGAAGAAGCGCCGGGUGACAGUCAAUGAUGUGAACUGGCAGCUAGAGCAUGCCCGGGAGGCUAGUCAGUUCAACAGUAUCCUCGGGCAAGCCCGACGCGCCAAUGCCAACGGCGUCUAUGAUAUCCACACCAACAUGAUGUUAUACCCGGGAAUCAUGCAACCAACGCACGCCCGCAUCGAACAGGUCGUCAAUAGGGACGAUGCCGAGCCGCCCUCCUCGCCGACCAUCUUCCCGCCUCUCAAGCCCAUCAUCUCCCGCAACUUCCUCGUCACCGACAUCCACAUGGAGACCCCACCGGCCGGGAUAUCGGGCGCUGCGUACGAGCUCCCCUUCCGCACGUCUCCUGCGGAACGGGCGUGGUCAACCCGGGCAGACUUCCUCUCGCCGUUCCGCGGACUGGGUGCGGUGCCCGACGAAAUACGUGACCUGCUACCCGAGGAUUGCCGACGGGCGUUCGACGCCGCGGCCCGGAAUGAGGACGAGUGGUUCGGGAAAUGGGGCGACGAGAGCGAAACCAUGUGUCGGCGAGAGCCGGUGAUUGACAAGGCCCUCGUGCCUUACUCGAUGCCUCUGGCGUAACCGUGUCAAGAUGGAAUACUAAGGGGAGAAGGUUAACAUCGAUAAGCGCCAGGAUUCGAAUCGCCUGCUUUGUCAACAAGCUAGGGUGUAGAGCGCCUGCAUUCUAACGUCUUUCGGAAUGCAUGCGAGCGUCUUUUUUUCGUCCUGUUGUAACAACACUCGGCCACCGGAAUGGUGGCUAUCGGUCUACGGAGUUGGUUUUGGUUUGGCUUCAGUGAUGCAAGAGACAGUGACAUCGGAGUAUCAGGCUCUGGCCGAGGAUGGCGGAGGGUCAGGUUAGACAACGGAAUCCAUUAGUUCCAGUUGUAGUAUAGUAUGUCCAUAGGUGAACAUGUCUCAUCUUGCCC